UUGCUAACUCACCAUUUCAAAACCACAGUUUGUGAAAGAAAGAGCAACGGAAAAUGAGUUGCAUAAUUCCUUUUAUUUUGCUUCUUUUCGCUGUUUCAUUCACCCCCUCUUUGUCCGUAAGCACCAACACUAUCUUUCCCAGCGAGUCUCUCUCUGGAAACCGGACGUUGAUCUCUCGAGAAGGAACGUUUGAGAUGGGCUUCUUUUCACCAGGUAACACUGGUAACUACUACAUUGGCAUUUGGUACAAAGGAUUACCUCAAAAGACUGUGGCUUGGGUCGCAAAUAGGAACCGUUCGGUGUCUGACCCUUUCUCCUCGGAGUUGAAGCUCCUGCAGGACGGUAAUUUAGUCAUACUCGAUUCAUCCAAGCGCCAAAUCUGGUCGACCGGCUCAACAUCACUCCUGCAUAAUUCAACUUCAGGAGUGCUCCUUGACAGUGGAAAUUUCGUUUUAAGGAUGAAAUCCGAUGUGUCUAGUGUUGUUUGGCAGAGUUUCGAUCAUCCCACUGAUACGUGGAUGCCAGGUGCCAAGUUUGUAUAUAGUUCACGUACGUCUGAACGGACGGUUUUGGUGGCUUGGAGAGAUUUAGAUGAUCCAGCUCCGGGGAUAUAUUCUGCAGUCCCGGGAACAGAAGGAACAAUUGAGUUAGUGCUAUUUAACAGGUCGGUAGCCUACUUGCAUGGCAGCGACUGGACUGGGCCCGAUUACGGCCAUCAGCCUUCACUGAACCUGGAAAACGUGAUAAAUUUCACCUUUGUUUUGAAUGAGAAUGAGACCUCCUCCAAAUAUUUCUUAAUUGCUCCUUAUAAUCUUUCUAGAAUUGUAGUCGAACCGACGGGGCUGCUCAAGCAAUUAGUAUGGGCAAAGCAUGUCCAGGAAUGGAAAGUGCUUUGGAGACAGCCAGCAGAAAAGUGUGAGAUUUAUCCCUUUUGUGGUGCUUCUUCUAACUGCAAUCAGAGCAAUGUACCGCUUUGUAAUUGCGAUCUUGGCUACUUAGAUGAUCUGAAACUGGAAGAUCAUCUGGGCAGAUGCAAAACGAGAUCUGCGUCGGAAUGUAGUGAUGACAGGAAAGAUGAUUUUUUCCUCAUACCUAAUGUACGGUUGCCAAAAAAUUCUUAUGAGUUCAUGGUUGAAGACAUUGAAGAAUGCAGGUUAUCGUGCUUGAGCAACUGUUCAUGCAGUGCAUAUGCUUAUGAUGCUAACUGUCAGGUAUGGACGGAUGCGAAGUUUUUGGUUGAACGUUUGACUGAUGAUGCAAUUGUGAGAGAUUUUUUUGUCCGGAUCGCAGCAUCGGACUUGUUGGAGGAGCAUAAGAAAAAGAGGAAACCCGUUUCGAAUUUCAUAACAGCAGUUGUAGUUGUUUCUGGAGCUUUUCUUGUGGUCCUUAGUGUGUCGCUGGUGAUCAUUAGGAGGAGAGGGUCUGCUCGUACAGCGGACGGCCAUUUGAUGCAUUUUGAAUAUCGAGUUCUGAAGAAGGCGACAAAGAACUUCUCUGAGAAAAUUGGGGAAGGCGGGUUUAGUUCUGUUUUCUGGGGUACACUGCCAGACUCAACUCCUAUAGCAGUGAAGAAACUUAUGAACCAAAACCAAAGUAACAAACAGUUCCUUGCGGAAGUUAGAACUAUAGGAACAAUACAGCACGUCAAUGUGGUUCGACUGCGCGGAUUUUGCGCUGAAGAGUCGAAAAGGUUCCUUGUAUACGAGUACCUUGCAAAUGGUUCGCUCGCAGCUCAUUUGUUUAAGAAUGGUUCCAACACCCUCGAUUGGAAAACCAGAUACCGCAUCGCCAUCGGGACUGCUAAAGGAUUGGAGUACCUCCAUGAGAGGUGUCGAGAUAGCAUCAUACACUGCGACAUCAAACCGGAGAAUAUACUGUUGGAUUCAGAACUUGAACCACUGAUUGCUGAUUUCGGCCUCGCGAAGAUUGUGGGACGGGAUGUCAGCCGCGUCAUUACCACCGUGAGGGGAACCAGAGGGUACCUUGCACCAGAAUGGAUUUCAGGAGGAGCCAUCACGUCGAAAGUGGAUGUUUUCAGCUACGGAAAGCUGCUAUUUGAACUCAUUUCAGGAAAGAGAAACAUUGAGGAGCUGAACAGUGAUAUGCACUAUUAUGUCCCGCUUCAGGUAGCUAAUUCAAUAGCCAAAGGAGAAGAAGUCUUGCCACUCGUGGACCGCAGAUUGAACGGACUCGUGGAGAUGGAAGAAGUGUGCAGAGCAUGCAAAGUAGCUUGCUGGUGCAUCCAAGACAGCGAGAAAGACAGACCAACAAUGUCUCAGGUGGUUCAGAUUUUGGAGGGGGUGGUGAUAGUAGAAAAGCCUCCAGUCCCAAGAAAUUUGUUGCAACUUUUAGGAAGUUAAAAGAGUGAAGCAUUAAAGAAAGCACUAUGUACUUUCUUUUACAAUUUAUGGGCGCUGUAGCCCCAAUUCGUACUCUUUGAGUCUCUACAGUUAUAGGUAUGUACCUCUUUGGCCGAGGCCACUCGAUACGUAUAGACACUGAUGUACUGAAUGGCCUUGAAUCUUCAUCAUGCUUACCAGACUUUUUAGGUUACGACCAUUUGCUACCGUAUCUCCAACCUCCCACGGCAGAACGUUCGGUUUAGGAGUUCGCUGUCUAUUCAGCUUGUGUCUAUUCCUAAUGAAGUUGGAUGAACUGUUUAAACAUUCAAAUGAUGCCCUUAUGGCCGCCUAAUAGAAACCCUUAGACACUCGAUCGUUGGUAGACGCUCAGGCCAGUAGAGGCAUAUGCUGCUCAGUGCGCCAUGCGCCCGGUGAUCUUUACUAAAAGGCAAAACAAUAGUUUGGUCCAUGCCAACCCCGUAGCUACCUGAUUUCGCCAAGUAAUACCUAGGGCUGUGCAACCGGUAUAGUUCUACCCGAGAACCUGACUAAAAUGGCUAUGAACAUAGGUUCAGUUCCAAAAAUUUGUAACCGGUAUUGUGCGAGUAAGUUCCAGAUUCUGGAUGCUGAAUCCACCCACCCAUCCGAGAACCAGCGAUCAGAACUUGUUUUAUUAACUUAGAAGAAGAUGACGUAUAUUUCUUAAAUGAACUUAACUUCCCUGUUGCAUUAUUUCUGUUUGUUUUGCAUCGAUAAUUAUUUUGACCAUACUAUUUGGCUGUAAUGGCUAUUUGUCUCAAUUUUGUCACCUAUAAAUCAGUUCUCGAGUGUAGCCUGAAACCAGACCAGAAAAGAAUAGGUUCCAGGUUCAUUGAGAACGGGUUCUAAUAGGGUAAAUCCCAGAGUUUAAAGUUCAGAACUUACCCACCCUGAAACUGAUUACUCGUAAUAAUAUCCAACUCCUUUGCAUAGUCUGUUUGAUGAUGAGGAAAAUUGUCCAAAAAGUCCUAAACCUAUUGCACUUUCGUCAAUUAGACAUUAGAGAGAAUACUUGUUUUUUCAAUGCAACUGACUUGGCAUGGCAAGCACACUGUUCUCGAGCAGACUACAGAAUUUUUUCCUCACAAGUUUGGUCAUCCAGGUGAUCCUGCCGUAGGAUCUGUAAUUGGUGAAAGGGAGGUGAGCUCGUAACUGAGACAUCAAAUGAACUUGAUCCAUUAACUGCAAUUGCACAAAUCAGAGUCCUGUCUGGAAUUUGUGCAAGUGUUAGCACUGCACUGCAUGUGCUUAUGCACUGUUUUGCACCUGUCGUGCCGUUUCCUUAACACAUGUUUUAGAGCUGCAAGAGCAUGAAUAUAUUCCGGCAAAAAAAUGUCGUUUGUCUCUUUGAGCAUUAAUGUCGUUUUGUCUCUUUGAGCCUUCUUCUUCCUCCAUCUGUUACAUACUCUGAGAGCAGACUAUAAUUAACGGAACUUAUGUUUUCAUUUGAUUGAUCAUGCCGUGUGACAGCCUCUCUCAUUAAUGAAGAGUCGACACAUAAAAUCAAAAAGAGAAAAAGAUGAUCAAAUAUGCAGCCUUUGGGAAGUUUUUUUAGCAGAGGCAUCUGGGAGACGGUCUGAGGAGAAUGAAAAUGCAGACACGGCAAACACGGUCGAGAAACGGUCUUAAAUGAGAUCUGCAACAUUUUUGUCCAAGAGUUUGCCUAUCAUAGAAGGUGUCCUCAGGACCAAGUUCUCCUGUAUGGAUAGCUGAGGACUGCAAAAUGUAUGCCCCUGUAGCUGACUCUCGUUUAAUUUGCAGGGCUGAAUCUUGAAAUGCUCUUGAAUAUGAAACAUAAUCCAUAGUUAUGUAUCAGUUUGGAUUGUCUUAUUGGGCAAUAUCAGAUUCAACAUUUC